CGCAGAAAAGAGGAGAAAGCCAGAGAGGAGAACCACGGCAGCACGAUGGGGAUAUUCUGCCUGCGUGGGCUCUGUCGCUGAGGCGUCCGGAGUUCAGCCACAGAGUGUGUGUGUGUGUAUGUGUGUGUGUGUGUGUGCGUGCGUGCCUGCGCGUGAGAGAGUGUGCGUGUGUAUGCAUGUGUGUGUGUGUGCGUGAGAGUGAGUGAGUGAGUGAGUGAGUGAGUGAGUGAGUGAGAGCCCCUGCCGACGCCGUGCGGAGAAAGGGGAACGGAGGAGAGCGGGUGGAGAGGAGGAAAAAGAGAGGGGGAGUGUUGACUCUGACUGGGGCUUAGAGGAACCUCACGCCACUGGAUCAGAGGACGCAGAUGUGCAACAACUACUCCAACUGCCGCUGCUCCUGUUUUGCCUGCGUGCCACUGCCUGCCUGCCCUCUUAACUUCUGCCAUGGCAUAGCCUCCUCUUCCAGCUCGCCUCUAAUCCGCUAAGGAAACGGGCAUGCAUGGGCACAACCAGAGAUCUAGGCUAUCGCAUCCUUUACGUCAGUAAUUCACAGUCUGAGGAAACAUGGUGAGCAAGGAGGGUGGCAAAUGCAUGCUCACCAACUCAGAGUCUGACUCGGAGGCAGCGCCCUUGCCCUCCACCUCGCUGGCGCUGGAGGUGAAGUAUUCCCUGGAAGCCAGACGACAGGUGAGGAAGAGAAACAAGGCCCUGCAAGUGCGUUUCAAGGAUAUCUGCGAGGCACAGAACGAGCAAAGGGAGGCAGAGUUGCAGGCAGCGGGGAAAGGUGGCAAGCCGAUCUCAUACAAAGUGGCGUACCGCAAGUACAUGACUGUCCCUGCACGCAGAUCCAUCCCUAAUGUGACAAGGAGCACAGGCGUGCAGACGUCCCCUGACCUGAAGAAACGCUAUCAGACCUUUCCCUUUGACCGCAAAAAAGGCCACACUUUUAAAGACGUAACGGCCGUGGAAACUUAUAAAGGUCAGAAUAACGGUUUUGUCAUGGAGGUGAAGCAGUCCAAGCCUGCUGAGCAGGGUUUAGAUGAGGAGGAGGAGGAGGGAGCCUGCGGGGGGAGUGGAGUCCGGAGGACCAGGGCUCUGCUCCAUACUAAUGAGUGCAUUGCCACAGUGGAGCAGCACACUGCACCUGAUGGCCUGUGCUCUGACGCUCUGCUGCUCAGUUGCUCUGCAGACACAGACUGCCUUGCAGACACAUCGAGGGGAAGUGGAGCCGGAGCACAGGCAGAGUACCAGCUCUGCAGUGUCCCGUCCAAAGCCAGGACAGGAUUACAACACAGGGAGGCCGUUACAGACCGCUCGGCCAAGAGGCAGCUGCUCAAUCUGGAAGAGGGCUCGUCCCGGACCCUGCCGGACAGGGCCUCCAAGGUUACGGGCCCCAUCGCCUGGAACUCCCUUACACAGGUGGAGUGCCUGGACAGUCCAUCUGUGCGGAGCAAGCGGAAGAAAGGCCUGCAGCUCAACGGGCUGCAGAGUGAGACGCUACCACGUUCCAGUGGAGGCUGUACAACACAGGCACAGUGCCACACAGGACAGUUAUCUGCUCGGCCUCUACGGGGCAUGGAGGAGCCUCUGUCAACCUGUAGAGAUGGGGAGGCUGGUGGGGCGCCGCCCGACCAAACACAGGAGGCCUGUAAGCAAAUAGUGCCUAUGAAUCAGGACAAGGAUGUUAAAGCACAGCUCCAGGCCAUGGAAAAUCUCAUCAGCUCCAGCCAGGAGACCAUCAAGGUGCUGCUGGGGGUCAUCCAGGAAUUGGAGAAGGGGGAGGCCCACAGAGAGGGACUCUCCUAUCGAACCGGACAGGACACGGCCAACUGUGACACAUGCCGGAACAGCGCAUGCAUUAUUUACAGUGUGGAGCUGGACUUCAAGCAGCAGGAGGACAAGCUGCAGCCGCUGAUGAAGAGGCUUUGCCCUACGGAGGAUGCUCAUUUUGCCCCCCUGCCUUACCCCCAGGAGGCCUUCACCUCCACCCCAAAACGCAAGUCCAAAGCUGACUCCAAGAAGCAUGCUCGCUGGAAACUUUGGUUCCUGUGAACACCGAUGUUACCGAUACACGGGAUUUAUGUGUCCGUCUGGUCGUCCAUGUUUGUUUGGUUUAUCCAUCGUCUUCUGUUUUACCACUCCUAGGCUUUUUGUAAACCUAGUGACCAGUAUUAAUGGAGAGCUCCACAACUGGAUACUGAACCCCUUUCUCAGAGACGACAGGAUGUGUAACGGGACACAAGUGUGGAUUCCAUGGAAAAAUUCAAAAAUGUCACGCUUACCAAAAAUGGAUUCAGUUAUUUUGAACUACUUUCUUCAAACAGGGUGUGAAAUUACACCAGGGCAACAUAUUUGGAGAUCAGCAAGGUGAGAAGACGAAUUUGAUUUCCCUCUGUCUAUUUGCAUAUAUUUUUCUAGCUGACGUCCACGGGGUCCCUAUUCUAUGAUGCCGGUUCAGUGACCGUCACAUUUCUAUUCACCAGUUGGGACUUUGUCUUUCUUCCCAGCCUCCAGGAGAGGCUCACAGUUCAACCACAAUGUUCUGAGGUCUACAUCAACAGCAUAAGCACAAUUAACACUGUUCAGGAUACAUUUUCUCCAGAAUAAUUAAAAAUGAACUAUUUUGAGUAUUAACUCACACAUGUAGAUCACCUACUAACUAUGACAGAUUGAAGACUUUCAUAAUAUCUAAAGAAGAGACCUAAAGGACAAAGAGGUCAGAGAUGUUUAUUGGAGUUCUAUGAUCAACUUUCUAUCCAUCGCUAAAAUGUCUCCUCGAAUCACCUGACUUUGAAGUAAAGAAUGAAUAAAUAACACUUAUUUUCUUAAUAACGUUUGCAAAGUUAGACGUCAAUGUACUUUUUUCUAUAUAAAUAUAUAUCUAUAUACAUUCACUCUAAAGUUUAGUGGAAUAUAUUUAUUUGAGCUGCGGUGAAGGGGGCUGUGCAUUUCAAAAAAUUCCAGUGCAUAGGAAGUGAAAAAAGGUUCUGAUUCUUAAUUCCCUUUCAUACAUCAAACUUAGUUCUUACUAACUUCACAGUGCAUAUGGUCAAUGAAACCCAACACCAUAAAGAAGAGAGGGAAUCCAUACAGUCAGACUUCAUUACCGUAAAACUAUAGAGUUCUGGCUCGACACACAGAAAAGAAAAAAAAGAAAAAAAAAAAAAGAUUCUUUAUUGUUCCAGUCACGAAACCAGUCAGCAUAAUAAAUAAUGUUGGUACUUAGCACAUGUGAGGGGUAAAAGAUGAUAGCUGUGAUUGUAUUGCUUCAGUAUCCUGCAUCAGCUACUACGAUAGCUACUGAAACCAAGCCAGAGGGACUGAAUGUGCCACUUCUGAUCACAACCAGGGCUUCUACAGUGCAGGGUGGCAGGCGUGUAAGCCUUGCAUGCUUUUUACAACCUUCAGAUUUUGCAGGAUAUUUUCUAGCUUUUCAAGAAACACUUUUUAAAGAGAAUGACAAAAAGUUUUUUCUCUUCUUUCCCCCUUCCCCCCCCCCCUUUUUUUUUAAAUCCUAGCACCUGCUCAUUGCUUCCCAUCUAUUUGACUGUAAAGUAAAAACUCAUGUAGUAACUCCAUACAGGGUUCAAAGACUAUGUACAGACAAAGUAAUAUUUGCAUUAAUAUAAAUAAAUAUAUAUUGUAUAGCAUAAAAUAGGGCUAAAAAACCAUUUUAAUGAGUGGGAGAGCAGCCAAUACCUGAGAGAAAACAAUAUUAAGUUAACAGCGCCUGCAGGAGCAUAAAACCGAAGUCACUCUCAAAAACAAAAGCACUGCCCAAAAAGACAGGAAAAGUGGCCAAAGUGGUUUCAAGGGCAUAAAAGAAAUCUUUAUCUACUGUCACAACAAUACCUGGCAAACUACUAGACUACUAUCACUGGUUUGACCCUCACAAGCUCCAACAUGCUGCUUUCUGUUGGCUACAUGUGAUUCACACCUCCACUUUGUACAUGCCAGGUCCGGUUUCUUUCAGUAGUUAUACUGUAGCAUCAAGAGAGAACUAGAUGUUUAUCUGUACCUUAAAAGAAGUGCAAUUGAUUUAUUAUGUACAAUACUGUGUAUUUUAUACUGUUUUUUUUAAAAAAGAAAAAAAAUAAAGAUAUUUAAUAUGCAAAAUAUGAAAAAUAAAAAAUGAC